AGGUCUGCAACAACGUUUAUGAUAUUACUAGAUGCAAUACGCUGUGCGCUGAUAACGUGAUAACAAUUGUGCCAUAAGAAUAGUCUUUCAGUACUGCCAGCAAUGCCAGCAUUCCCCCAAGUUCCAAUCCCAAUACUAGCAGUUGUGUUGGAACAUAGCCUAUACCGGAACUCACGGGGCGACAAUGAGCGACAAGAUGGCACGUCAGCAGGACUUCAACGAUCUAUUCAACGUGAAAAAUAAUUUCUACAUCGGCAAUUAUCAGCAAUGCAUCAAUGAGGCGCAGAAGAUUAAGACAUCUGUUCCAGAAGUGACUAUGGAACGUAAUGUCUUUCUUUAUCGUGCAUACAUAGCGCAGAGGAAGUUCCGUGUGGUGCUAGACGAGAUUGACGUUUCAUCUCCACCAGAAUUACAGCCACUGAAGACCCUAGCCGACUAUUUCGCUAAUCCACAUCGCCGAGAGGCUAUAGUGGCUGAAUUGGAUAAGGAAACCAAGAAUGUAAAUUAUGACAAUCAUAUUCUGCUGAUCGUGGCCGCGACCAUUUACUAUCAUGAGAAGAAUCUAGAGGCAGCUCACCGAGUAAUAUGCGCCUCCGACAAUUUGGAGUGUAUGGCGCUAACGUUACAGAUAUAUCUCAAGAUGGAUCGUCUGGAUCUGGCUCGUAAAGAACUCAAGGCAAUGCAGGAGAAAGAUGAUGAUGAUACCUUGACUCAGCUCGCUCAGGCAUGGAUUAACAUUAGCAGUGGUGGUGACAAGCUGCAAGAUGCUUAUUAUAUCUUUCAGGAAAUGAUCGACAAGCAUUCUAGUACGAGUAUGUUGCUGAACGGUCAGGCUACUUGCUUCAUCGGACAAGCGAAGUAUGAAGAGGCAGAAAUGGCUUUGCAAGAAGCUCUCGAUAAAGAUAGUAAUAAUCCAGAUACAUUAAUCAAUAUGAUUGUGCUCUCGCAGCAUAUGGGCAAACCGCCGGAAGUAGCGAAUCGUUAUUUAAGUCAAUUGAAGGAUUCCCAUUUAGAGCAUCCUUUCGUCAAGGAGUAUUUGCAGAAGGAAAUCGAAUUCCAUAGGCUUAAAGAACAAUAUUCAGCUUCCGCCUGAGUACCCCUCAGCAGAUUAUGGCAUUCCGUGGGAUAAGAUCGAUCAAAUAUUGAUUAUGAAUGAACCCAAGCGUGGAAUAACAAGUUGACUUUAUCGAAGGUGUCUAAUGAGUAAAGCUUCUUCUCUUCUCGAAAAACUUUUCUUCUGAAGCUGAAAUAUCCAGAUAUAUCUCUAAUAUCUUACGGUGCAAUUCAGAUCUUUAAUUAUUGAAAAAUAUACAAUUAAGUUAUUUUAUUUUUGUUGAGAGUGAUUUGAAGCCUGUCCAUAUAAUAUUAACUCUUAGGCUUCCAAAAAUAUAGUUUUACAGAUGUUAUGCAUAUAUUGGGAUGUUCCAACCUUCUAGUUAUCUCUCGCGAGAUAGAAAACACGCAAUUUUCCGAAAUAGAGACAUUUCGUUCGUAGAUGAACAUAUUGCUCUGCAGUAUUGAGACAUUUUGUUUUUAUAUUAAACUAAAUAUAUAUGCUAGCAGAAAAUAGAUAGGUAUGUAUGGAUAAUGGAAAUGUUCGAAAUUGCAAAAACCGAGAUGUAUGUGACUGGAAAAGUCGCUCUUAUCCAUUUUAUCCUGAUGUUACACUUUCACUACAUAAUCAUGAAAAUAUGGCUGCCAUUUUGUAAAAUUAUAAAUUAUUAUCGAAAUUAUAGACCAUUUCGCAUGUAAGCAUCUCUUCAUACAAUAUUCAUAUUGCCAAUUUAGAUGUAAUAGAUAGGCGAAAUAUUAAAAUAAAAUAUUUCGUACAUUAUGAAUAUGCAAAA